AUGCCAAAUGACAUGCCCCCAUCCCGAUCUCCGGCCCCCCCACGGUCAUCAUAUAUGCCAUCUCGAGCUCCUCAGCUUCCUGCUUAUCAACCAUCCAUGCCACCACCAAUAAACAUGCCCACUGCCCUCCUACGAGAUGGCCCACCUGGUGAACCUUCAAAAUUUGCAACUGCCCUUCAGCGAGAGGGGGGAUUUGCAACUGCCCUCCAGAGAGAUGGAGGAUUCGCAACAACUCUACAACGAGACAGGCAACCAACGAUAUCCCCAAGCGCACCGCCCUCGGUCCCAAGCAUCUUGUUCAGUCUGGAUGACCUGAAAAUGGCUUCACGACAACCAUUCAUUGACGAUCUACCCGAGGACGAACGCCAGAAGCAAGAAGAAUGGGCACAAGAAAUGAUCAAACGUGCAGCUGCGUGUCCUGAGGGAUACGAUUGGAACCGGAUGCCCGGCGGCUAUCAAUGUAGGGGUGGCGGGCAUGGAAUGACUGAUGAACUUCUGGCGGAGGGGAAGGGAGGAUUGUACGGCCUACGCACUCGCAACUGGGAGGCGAAGGAUGGCCCGUAUUAUCCCGACGGAAAGGGAAAGUUUAGACCUGUCUAUUGA